AUGGCUACUGUCGACCUCCCGACUCUCCAAUUCACCCCUGUGGAGGAGAUCCCUGCGAAAGUCAGGAAGGUGCGCACUACUUUCUUCCAACACAAGACUCGUCCUAUCGAGUUCCGGAUUCAACAGCUGCGAAAGCUAUACUGGGCCUUGAAAGAUCGUGAACAUUUAGUCGUGGAAGCCCUCUACCGGGAUUUGGGGAAACCAAAAUAUGAAGCUUAUGUAUCUGAAAUCAACAUAGUGGAGAACGAUAUCGUCUUCAUACAAAAAAACGUGGCCAAGUGGGCCAAGGACGAGAAAGCCCAGAAUAUUAAUAUGCCGUUUACCUUGAUGAAGCCGAGAAUCAGAAAGGACCCCUUGGGCUGCAUCCUUGUGAUUGGCCUUAAUAUUCUUCCAUUAAUUGGUGCUAUCGCGGCAGGAAAUACAGUCGUGGUUAAGCCGAGUGAAUCUUCGCCCAACUGUGCCGCUGUGCUGCAGGAAAUUAUCGAAGCUGCAAUCGAUCCAGAUGUUGUGUCUGUCGUCCAGGGGGGAGCUACAGAAACCCAGGCUCUUCUAGCUGAGUGCUGGGACAAAAUCUGCUUUACUGGCAACGCUACCGUCGGCCGUAUUGUUGCCCAAGCUGCUGCUCCCAACCUGACCCCAGUUCUACUCGAGCUUGGUGGCCGCAAUCCAGCAUUUAUCACCAAGAAAGCCGAUGUGCGACUGGCUGCGAGACGGCUAUUUUGGGCUAAGACUUUCAACGCUGGCCAGGUUUGUCUGUCGCAAAACUACAUCCUUGUCGAUAAAGAGAUCGUGUCGCAACUGGUGACGGAGUUUGGCAAGGCAUCCCCAGACUUCUGCCGUAUCAUUAACGAUGCCGCUUUCCGCCGGAUUAAAGGCAUGAUUGAUAGCACGAAGGGCAAGAUUCUGCUCGGGGGCACAAUGGAUGAAAAGGAGCGGUUUAUCGAACCGACUUUGGUCCAGGUCGAUUCUGCAGAUGAUCCUCUCAUCCGCCGGGAGACCUUUGGCCCAGUAAUCACGAUUUUGCCUGUAGGCGAUCUUGAUGAGGCCAUUAGGAUCUCAAAUGAUGUCGAUAAUACUCCGUUAGCCGCUUACGCAUUUGGAACGAAAAAGGAGGUCGAAAAAGUCCUCUCGUGCGUCCGUUCCGGAGGUGCCACAAUCAACGACGCCUACAUGCACGGCGUCAUUCCAAACGUGCCCUUCGGUGGUGUCGGCGAGAGUGGAAGCGGUGCCUACCAUGGGCGAAGCAGCUUCGAUGCAUUCGUGCACCGGCGGUCGAUCGCCACUACACCAGGCUGGGUCGAACGAAUGCUCUCUGUUCGAUACCCACCAUACGCUGGAAAAUUGCGGAGCACACUCCGGCACAGGACAGUGGCUCCCAAUUUCGAUCGGAGUGGGAGAACAACGACUGGCUUUUGGGGCUGGAUAAUUUGGUUCAUUACGUUUGGUGGAGGCGCUAAUAAGUCCGGAGCAAGUCGUGCGGCUGUUGCUGUUCAUAUCAGCGCCACAUAUUUCUUCAGUUCUGCUGUUUUUGAAACAACCGCCAUCGCCCUCAACUACUACAUCAAGCGCGGAGUCAAAGUCUAA